GAGUCCACCCUUGGCCCCGCCUCCUGGGGCGGCGCGCCGGUCACUUGACGGGGCUGCGGGCUGAAGAGACACAAGGGAAGUCGCGGUCGACGCCGUGGGGACCUCCGCCACCUGAAGCUGCGGGACCCUCUUCCUCGCCGCCUGCUCCCAGCCUCGCACGCCAUGCCGUCGGAGAAGACCUUCAAGCAGCGCCGCACCUUCGAACAAAGAGUAGAAGAUGAGCUUAUCCGAGAGCAGCAUCCGACCAAAAUCCCGGUGAUAAUAGAACGAUACAAGGGUGAGAAGCAGCUUCCUGUCCUGGAUAAAACCAAGUUUCUUGUACCUGAUCAUGUCAACAUGAGUGAACUCAUCAAGAUAAUUAGAAGGCGCUUACAGCUCAACGCUAAUCAAGCCUUCUUCCUGUUAGUGAAUGGGCACAGCAUGGUGAGUGUGUCCACACCGAUAUCGGAAGUGUAUGAAAGUGAGAAGGAUGAAGAUGGAUUCCUGUAUAUGGUAUACGCCUCUCAGGAGACAUUUGGAAUGAAAUUGUCACUGUAAGACUAGAAAAAUCCAUCUGUUCUAGAAUUUUUUAAACCCUUACCAACGGGGAAAAAAGGGAUGUUACCAACUGAGAUUGGAUCUGUUCAUCUAAAUCACAGAUCAUCAAAAGAGUAGUGUCUGGCCUAGGAGUUUUAGAAAGUUGUUUUUGUACUUUAAGCAGAAAAACUGAGCUCCAAGCAGGCACAUUCAGCUUUGGAAAACUAUAUUAUUUAACCUAGGCUGUCUUGUUUCAAAGUUUAAAAAUAAAAUACUUUGCAUUCUAACUUACCAA